AUGAAAAGCUUGGUUGGCACGAGAAUGAUUACGGAUCAUCGAUCGAUAUUGCAGUUACAUCGGAAACUCUUACCGAUUGCGUUGCAGCCGCCCACUAAAUUGAUAUACUGGCCAGCCCACUCAUGCUAUUUUUUAUGUCACUUAUCGUACAGAAUAAAUGGUGAAAGUGUACCAAAACCAGCAAUUCGUGUACGAUUGAAUAAAGGAGUGUUCGAACAGGCCUCUACAAUUGUGGCCGGUCUGGUGGAAUACGAAGUACCACGAAUCAAGGUGCCGCCCACACAACAAUGUUUCCCGGAAGGAUGUGUACAGAUCCACUCGUUUCGCAUGACAUCGUUCCGACAACCGUCCUCAGUCACAAUGAGACCGCUGCCGCCAAACCAGUUUGUCAUUCGAGUCACAGAUUUCGAUUUUCUUGUGGUCGGGCAGCUAGGAGGUACCAUUACUGUGCUCAUUCAAUUGCCUGUCGCAGGAACGGUUCAUGUCACAGGCAUGGGUGUGUCGGUAUCGGCGUAUCUUGACAUCCAAAAAUCAAUCAACGACGAACCUUACCUGCGCAUGGUGAAUUGCCAAAUCGACGACGGGUUCAUAGAAACCAGGGUAGCAAACAUGGGUCUGCUUACGGACACUGUGAAUAUGAAAUAUCGGCAAUCGAUGUCGGCACAAUCAAGACAGCAACUCGAAGAAGCAAUUUGUGAAAAUAUGUACCGACUUACGCAACAGCAUUUCUCCAGCAGACUUUCUAAGCUGCCGCCACAGGUUUCAGUCCACACGAUGCUGAAAAAUCUACUCUCGCUCAACAGCAAGCUCGAAGUUGACUCCGAAGCAGCGCGAGUGAAACGCGCCAGCAACCUCGACUAUUACGACGACAUUGAGAACAACGAAAAAAAGUCCACCGGCACUAAAAUUUGGUCCAGUACAAUAGCUGCUAUCCGUACAGGAAACAAAAGUGCUCGGGAAGGAGGAAGCAACAACAUUACUUUCAUAGCAAGAGACAUUACUCAUUUCUUUAAUGUGGAAAGACUUCGACAUUUGAUGAUUGAUAUGACUUUGCUAGAUGCUAGCGCUACCCAUGAGGACUUCACUGUUGGAAUAUCUGGGCAGGUGUCAAGCACAAAGUCCACCGAGACUUCUCCCUAUCGAAUACCGUUUCCGUUCCGACUUCCGCCUAAUUCGCAACGACGAAUGGUUGAAAUUGCUGUGUCUGAAUAUUCUGCGAACACACUGCUCUACUUUGCUCACAAAACGAAUUCGCUACUUUUCCACGUGGACUCGCAUUCUCCUGGUGUUGGCUCACUUCUCAAAACGACGUGCACCGUCGACGAAGUCUGCUUAUCCGAUCAAGUGGAAGAAGUUGGGACUGCGUAUCCUGAUAGAAGUUUGGAAUUAAUAAUUCGUACAACAAGCCCACCUAUUAUUGCCCUCGAAAAAGACAUUAUUAGGCUAUCUCUGAAAGGCCGCUGCCUUUUCUUCUUAGAGGGGACACGACAGAGGGUAGGCGUAAUUCCGUUCACGGCGGAAGUUCAUAUGAGAUUACAAACAGAGGGAACAUACCUCAAAGGGAAAGUUUCCAUAACAAAGCUGACGUUCAACAAUGGUGUUGACUUCUUUCAAUUAACAAUAAGCGACUUGGAUGGUCUGCGAAAAACGACAAAGACUGCGAUAGAAAACAUGGCCAACGCCGUAUUCGGUGCAGGAAUUCCUUUGUCGACUUCAUCAGCAAACUCACCUCUUCGGCUCUCUGCAUUACAAGUCUCUAUCCUACCUGGUGUUGCUCUUCUUCAGGCUAACGUCGAUCUCUACAGUUCCUUCUACAAUCAUUCUAGUUAA